CGCAGCGGUUGGCCACAACGUCAUGGCUCUCAGUUUCUUUAGUGGCGGAGGUAGUGCGAGUCACGCCAAGUACUUCGAUAUCCGUUUGGACGAGGAUUAUAUCGUAUUUCGUGGAAGCGAGCAUGAAGCCUCCAGUGCUCAUCUCAGCGGAAAGCUUCUGCUCUGUCUUUCUGAACCCCUCUCAAUGAAGCAUAUUCGAUUGCAUCUCACUGGCAUCUCCCGCGUCUGCUGGCAACUCCCCUCCACUUCCUCGGGCGGUGGUCGAAAAUCAUGGAGGGAACGUGUGUUUUAUGAGAAGACCUGGAAAUUCAGAGAUGCGGGCAAGGGCAAAACGGAAAUCCUGCGUGCGGGUAAUUACGAAUAUCCUUUCGAGGUCAUCCUUGAGGGCUCCAUGCCCGAAAGUGUCGAGGGUCUGAACGAGACUUAUGUCACCUACCGAUUUAAAGCCGAGAUCGGUCGAAAGUACGCCAAAGACAUCAUCGUCAGGAGGCCUCUGCGCAUUAUUCGCACCUUGGACUCUAGCGCCCUGGAACUUUCACAUGCAAUGUCGGUGGAGAAUGUUUGGCCAAACAAGAUUGAGUACUCGAUCAGUACCCCGACCAAGGCCGUUAUUUUUGGAACUUCGAUCCGCAUCGACUUUCGAUUGAUUCCCCUGCUCAAGGGUCUCCGAAUCGGCCAGAUUAUCUCGCAGCUGAUUGAAAGCCAUGACCUCACUCUCAACCCCGAAGACCCUGACUCGAUCCGCAAUACCUACAAAAAUACAAGGACGGUUAUGACCGACGAACAUGAAUUGGAUGAAGAUAACAGCAUGGAAAUUAUCGAUGAAUCGGUAGAGGGGUACCAAUUUUCUCGCCAUUUGGACCUGCCGAAAACUUUGACUCGCUGCCUGCAAGAUACAGACACCAAGGGAAUCAAAGUUAGGCACAAGCUCAAGUUCCGUGUGCAACUUCACAACCCUGACGGCCACAUUAGCGAGCUGCGGGCCACUCUUCCUGUUUCGAUUUUCAUUUCUCCUACGCUUGCGAUCGACGAUAACAACAAUCUUGUCGAUCAGACCCCCCAGUCCGCCCAGCGAGCAGUCAACGACCUUUCACAGACAGCUCCCCCCUUAUAUGGCGAGCACCAGUUCGAUCAACUGUACAGCCAGCUCGAUCCCAACGGCUACCGAACGCCGGGCCCUGGAAGUGGCGGCGUCACUCCAUUUGGUGCACUUAGCCGUAACAUUUCUUCGGAGAAUUUGGCCUCUAUGAAUGCUUUGACGAAUACAGAUAUUUCCGCCUCUGCUUUGCAUAGCCGUCUAUCAAACCUCCACAACAACCGGUUCAGCUCGACCCACCCUUCACCCUCCGAGAAUGAACACGAUUCCGACGCAAAUCGUCGACUGGGCGUUCCGGGCGACUACUUUGGCCCUUCAUCGGGUUCCCAUAGCCCUGCGAGCCCAGAGCUUUCUCGAAGGCCCUCCGAUGAAGUUGAUCAUGAACAGGUCCACUCUGGAAUGGCCACCCCGUUCUACCCGUCGUACGCAGAGGCCGAAACCCUCAGUCGUGUUCCGAGUUACUCGACAGCGGUUCGUACGACGGUGCGACCGUGCGAUAGUGAACUACCUGACUAUCAGGCUGUGAUGGCUGGGGAUGUUGUCAUGCCUCAACCCCCACAGUCGCCUCAGCGAGCUCAUAUUCGGAGCAGCGGUCGUGGAAGCACCACACCACUGUAUUCUCCUAUGGAGGUGCUUCAUCUCCCCAACCUAUUUCAUCGUGGGGGCAGUCACACUGACGAAGACGAGCGCAGACUCCGCCUAGUACAAGCCCGCGCCCGAGGUUAGUCUCCUUCGCUUAGGAGCCUUGAUUGUCGGUUUCCUUCGCAUCGUCUUCGACUUCUGGUCAACCACGAACGCAAAUCCCACGAUAUUUGCCUCUCACCUCUAUCGUACAAUGCAUCCGUCCGGGCACGACUUGAACGGUAUACCGAGAUCUAAUAAUUUGCAUGCCUUCUCGCACACGCUACCUUGAGUCUUGGCUCGAAUGUCAGCAUUCUUCGGUAUCCGGCGCUGGACGUUGGACACCAUCAUUCGAAAGGAGAAGAAAACCCUCUAAUCAUUCUUCUCUUCUUUUCGGAAAAGAAAAAAAAAAAAAAAGCGCUCUGCUAUCUUGUAUCUAUUUAAAGCGGAGCCGUGGGCUGUCCCAGUCUGUCCAUGACUUUUUUUUUUGUUUUUGUUUCUUAUUUUCAUUCUGCCGAUACAGGGAGGCAGACACUUUUCACUGGCGUUUUACACCAAC